CUAACAGACCCCUUAAAAGGGGCAAACCCGUAUAAUAACCGCCGGAAUACGGGUUUCGGCUCUACCCGGCCGUCUAGCACGCCCCGUAAAAACGGCCCCCGCAUCGAUUUUUCCUGUUUUCGAUUACGGGGCGGGUCGUCGCCCCCUACUUGUGCGGGGUGGGAGCGUGGAUAGAGGGCCAAACCGGUAUCGCCCACUCCACUGCGCGCGAAGGGUUUCGCUGAAGCCAACCGCCGCCGCCGCCGCCCGAUCUCCUCCGCCCCGCCCUUCCCGGCCGGAUCCCGCUGCCAUGGAUCGUCCGCAAGAGCCGCCUACCGCCGGUGAUGCACCUCCUUCGGCCGCGGUGGUUGAUGUCUCCGUCGGAGGUCCGCCGAACGCCGGCGUCGUGUCGGCCAUGAUCUCCGCCACCAUCCCGUCGAAGAGGAAGAGGAUUCCGAAGCAAUUCUUCGAAGCUCCUACGGCGGCCGCAGCUUCGCCGGCCGCAGCUUCGCCGGCCGAAGCCCCGCCGGCUGCCAAGAAGGGCAGGAUGAAGACCAAGGCGGCCGGGCCGAGGGGCGCCGCGCCGGCCAAGGUGCGGACAAAGGCAAUCAGCCGCAUCGGCCUCACGCCUCCACCGCCAUCCAAGGCCACGACCUCUCCUCCCUCCGUUCCGUCCGAUGCGCCGCCCGCGCCGCCGCCACCCACCAUGGACGUAGACAAGGUGUUCGAUCUUGAGUCCACAACAUCCUACAUGGACAUGCUCAACGGUUCCGCGGUGAAUUUGGACACCGGUAUCGAUGCAUUCGAUGGGGAGUGCAACGUCGAAGAGAUUGAUGACGAGGAGGAGGAUGAGGGUGACGAGGAGGAGGUGGUUGAGGUUGAUCCGGUUGCCGCCGGUUCUUCGUCGACGCCGAAGCCACGCACGGCGAACUACAGCGAGAUCGAAGACGCCAUCUUGGUCCGUGCUUGGAGCAAGGUGGGGAUGGAUGCGUGCACCGGAGUGGACCAAGGCGGCAAGCGCUAUUGGCAGCGCAUUGAGGAUCUGUACCACCAGCUGAAGCCUCGCACGAAGAGCAUGGCCGACAGAUCCUACCGCUCCCUUGAAGGCCGAUGGAACAUCAUCAAACCGGCUUGUUCUCGUUGGAGUGCUGCCAUGGAUCAAGUGGCCGACAACCCCCCUAGUGGAUGCGUGCCGGAGGACUAUCCCAAGUAUGCUCAAGCACGGUACAAGGACAUGGCCGGCUCGAAGAACAAGGAAUUUCAAUUUCAUCAUUGCUUUUCCAUCCUUCAACAUCUUCCUAAGUGGAAGUUGAGGGAUAACGAGCCAAAGUGCAAGAAGGAGCGGGAAGAUGCCAAGUUGAAGGCCGAGCUUGACAUGAAGAUGAUCGCACUCAAAGAAGCCAAGGCCAUGAAGGAGCUCUUGGCCGAGGAGAGGGAUAUCAUGAUGAUGCGCACCGACGGCAUGGACGAGGAUCAGCUGGCGUGGUGGAACGAGACCAAGGCGGACAUCAUUGCGAGGAAGAAGGCUGCGCGUGAAGCUCGUGCUGCAAGUGCUCAAGGUGAGUCUCCGGCGAGUGGUGGCGCCGGUGGCGAUGGACUCGUUGAUGGUUGAUCACAUUUGGGAACUUCCGUGGCUAUGUUUGAUCACAUUUGGGAACUUCCGUGGCUAUGUUUGA